UAUUUCCUCUGAGCACUCGAGCUGUUGAAAUGACCAAGAAGCACAUCCUUAGCGGCUAGAUUGUAAUCUCGAGCAUGUUGCGCUAGCCGGAAAUCACUCCCACAGCAAGAAUGUCCAGGUCAUUUGUCCACGUCUAGUUUAUGGCUCCUUAUUUGCAAAAGUUUAUGAUGUAUUUCAGCAUUGAGAAAUACGAUGCUAUUCUCUGUAGUGACUCACUGAUCUCCUAAUUGACAGUGUUUUUUUUUUCUCCCCUCCAUAAUAUUGUUUUUCUUCAUCCUGUUCACACGGGGCUUCUGGUCAAUUCUCUCCCCAGAAUUUUGUUGACAUAGUCUUAUAUAAGCCUGCCGAAUGAUGAAAGACUGUUGUUAUACUCCACGGUAGAGGUUGCAUGGGCGUUUGUUUACCAAGGGUCUCUAAUCCACUCUGAGUAAAAACGAGGAGUUCUUCCUUUUAGAGGUAUACUAAAGCUCAGAGGUAAGGGUUGUCCACUAGUGAGCAGAAGGUUGUGAGUUGAAUUCCUAGGACUGCCAGCGAGCUACCCAUGAGGGAAGGCCCUUAAUCCUCAACUGCUCAGCUUUAUGCUUGGAUUGUAGUUGUCCUCAUGUCUUCCAAAUGAGUUAAUGUAAAGCACUGCAUGGUUGUGUAGUGCUGAAUUGUUCAGCUUGGCCAUGUUUCUCUGUGUAUUUAAUGCUUGAGCAGUCUCAGUGUUAAUAUACAUCUUUACUACAGAAGAUGGUGUGUAGAAAACCAUGAACUUUUCCUCAUAUUCAAGAAUUCCACCAUUGCUUAUGUUAUUAUCGUAAAUUAGCAGUGCCGAGUACCAAAACACACUGAGUGGGACGAUAUACCUAUAUGGUAGUAUGUCAGAGAGGUGCCAAUACAAAACCAUAACGUUUAUGAUUUUGAACUACUUCCUACAGCAACAAACAGGAAGUGGUUCUACGUUUUCUGCUUUUUCAGAUAAAUCAUUCCAAAGGAAAAAGCCAGUUCUCAGAAGGGAGACGUGAAAGUUAUUUUCACAUAGUGCCUAUCUAGUUGACCUUUGACCUGUGAACUCGUGGACCGCCUUGUGAGCCAGUAGAAAACCAAGUGGGUGGGGACAGUCAUCUCUUUAGUUUUCAACAAGAAAAUGAAGGAGAUGCUUAUUAUUAAGUAGCAUUCACACCAGACUUUUGCCUUGCCGUUUUCUUACAUCGCUUGACAAAGAUGUAAAAGAAGAUAGUCGUCUCAUCUCAGUCUGUUUUUUCCUUCUACCUUCUAGGAUGUUCUUGUUAGCUGUGUUGGCACCUCUGAUCGCUAUCAUGAUGAGGAAAUGUGAAACUUGUAUACAGUUAACAUUAUGCUAUCUUGGUACAGAUGAUGAGUUCCACAGACCGCUUUUAAAGAACCAAAACACCAAAAUACAAGACCUGUCAGGAACAAAGUAUAACGUCCACCAAAUCUUGAAAUACUAUUAACUAUGAUAUUGGGUUAUACCGUUAUCGUACCUUGAAUUUCUGUCUUUUAUGGUAACUAUGUCAUGUGAUAUGGUUGAUUAUGUGAGAUGUUAAAGAAGGAGUUAGUCAUUUUUAGCGCUCUCUGUUGCCUGUGAGGCAAAUUGCAAUUGCAGACAAAAUAUUGACCUCCGGGCUACAUAGUCUUAGCUUCAGAUGCUUGGCCCAUGGCCCAUCUCGUAUUAUUUGUACACUUUUCUGGCCACACGCUUCAGAACCCUGCUUGUUGCAUGAGCUACUGCUGUGAAACAAACUAUUAAACACUGUGACAAAACAAAAUUUUCUGAGCAAGAGUAGAAAACAUUAAUAACUAGUUAUUAGAAAAUUUAUCAAUGAAUUUUCAUUUGCGCUGUUUUUAUGUUGCUGCCUUUCUUACCCCUUCCUACUGGGUGUUUGUCAGUCGCAGUGAAGGUGUGGCCUAUGUAUCAUUCAGUCACAGUGAAGGAGGUGUGGCCUAUGUAUCAUUCAGUCACAGUGAAGGAGGUGUGGCCUAUGUAUCAUUCAGUCGCAGUGAAGGUGUGGCCUAUGUAUCAUUCAGUCACAGUGAAGGAGGUGUGGCCUAUGUAUCAUUCAGUCGCAGUGAAGGAGGUGUGGCCUAUAUAUCAUUCAGUCACAGUGAAGGAGGUGUGGCCUAUAUAUCAUUCAGUCACAGUGAAGGAGGUGUGGCCUAUAUAUCAUUCAGUCACAGUGAAGGAGGUGUGGCCUAUAUAUCAUUCAGUCCUAAUGAAGGAGGUGCGACCUAUGUAUCAGUCAGUCCUAGUGAAGGAGGUGUGGCCUAUGUAUCACUCAGUCCUAAUGAAGGAGGUGUGGCCUAUGUAUCAUUCAGUUGCAGUGAAGGAGGUGUGACCUAUAUAUCAGUCAGUCCCAGUGAAGGAGGUGUGGCCUAUGUAUCAUUCAGUCGCAGUGAAGGAGGUGUGGCCUAUAUAUCAUUCAGUCGCAGUGAAGGAGGUGUGGCCUAUAUAUCAUUUAGUCACAGUGAAGAAGGCGUCGUCUAUGUAUCAUUCAGUCGCAGUGAAGGAGGUGUGGCCUAUAUAUCAUUCAGUCGCAUUGAUGGAGGUGUGGCCUAUAUAUCAUUCAGUCGUAGUGAAAGAGGCGUGGCCUAUGUAUCAGCCAGUCCUAAUGAAGGAGGUGUGGCCUAUGUAUCAUUCUGUUGCAGUGAAGGAGGUGUGGCCUAUGUAUCAGUCAGUCCUAGUGAAGGAGGUGUGGCCUAUGCAUCAUUCAGUCCUAGUGAAGGAGGUGUGGCCUAUGUAUCAGUCAGUCUUAGUGAAGGAGGUGUGUCCUAUGUAUCAGUCAGUCUUAGUGAAGGAGGCGUGGCCCAUGUAUCAGUCAGUUCUAGUGAAGGAGGCGUAGCCUACCACUAUUCAAAGUUAACACCCCCUUUUUUAUGAAGAUAAAAUUGUUCAUAUAAUACUGAAUUUUGCGGUAUUGCACAGCAUUGUAUAACAAUAUAACCGCUCAGAAUAAUUCUGUCUUGAAUAGUUUAUACUUGCAAUUUACUAGAGCAUCUGAUUUGACAUAUGUGGCUAGUGUCUCAGAAGGAGAGAUGUGUUCCUAUUGUACAAUUUAGGACAAAUUGUAGGCUCCACGUUUUUGUGCUGUACACAAUCACAAUGAAGUUAAAGCGGUAUAGUCACAGUGCAUUUGGACAAUGAAUGUGCACAAUGAGAGUGGCUGCAUGGGGCAGCGCUGGUCUACAUGCAGCCUAAUGGCCAGGUUGUGCUGUGUGUGUGUUUGUGUGUGUGUGUGUGUGUGUGUGUGUGUGUGUGCGCGCUUGUGUGUGUGCGCUCGCGUGUACACACUGCCACACACUCUUCUUUGUCCACACUCUAACACUGACAGAUGGAGAGACCAUGUGGAUCAUGGCAGAGUAGGGAGUGUAGAUGGAAAAAGGGAAGAGGGAAGUGUGUGUGUGUCUGUGUGUGUGUGUGUGUGUGUGUGGAGACAUAUGGUACCCAGGAAAGAGAAGGUUGCAGAGGGUGUCUGCCUGGCUUGUGUGUGUAUCUCAUCAGUCCCAUCUCGCAUACUAAGAAACACUGGCCUGGACUAGAUCGCUCUCAAUAUGUGUGUGUCCAUUUGCAGUUCUAUAACUGGCAUGCACUCCUGUGUCAGGGGUGUAAUUGUGUGUGUGUGUGUGUGUGUGUGUGUGUGUGUGUGUGUGUGUGUAUGUAGGCCAGGCUUAGAUGACACGGGUGUGUUUAGUAUGCGGGGACCAGGUUGCUGUUACUGGCAGACAGCUAUGAAGCUGAUGUCGAGCCACACCACAGAAUAAGAAUGAUCUCUCUUGCUCUCUCUCUCUGUGUUUGUGUCUCUCUCUCUCGCUUUCUCUCUCUCUCUAUCUCUCUCUUGCUCUCUCUCGCGUGCUCUGUCUCUCUCUCUCUCUUGCUAUAUACACUUCCAGUGAGGAGAUGCUUCAUGAACAAGGGAGCGAGGGAGAGAGAGAAACUUUGGCGCCCUCAGCCCCUCUGUGUUGCCAUAGAUACCAUGGCCCACAGCACCUUGCUGCCUAAAUAAAUGGCAGCCACAAGACAGGGAAGUGUGUGUGUGUGUGUGUGUGUGCCUCAGGAGUUAGAAAGCUGGUAGAGAACACACAGCAGAUGAGCUGCAGUCUUUGUUUUGAUGUCUGUGGUGCUGUAACAGAAUUGAAGGCAGAGGAAAGAAAUCUGUAAAUGUUUUUAUCUGCAUUCUCUCAUCGCCUGUGCAUUUCAGCUUGGACACUUAAAAUGGACUCAUAUAUUGAUGACUUCACUCAGUCAUUGAGUUUAGGCAUGUGGCAGUAUUUAAUUUUUCUGUUACAAAUGGGAUACAUCAUGGUUUAUGGUAUUAUUAUAAUGAAAUUGCUACAUUAGUGAAAAGAUCACAGGUUUAUCCAACUAACGGAGAAGAAAGCAGAAGGAUGCGUGCGAGACUGUUGUCAAAUAUGGCCAAAAUAAGUUGUUUUAGAUAUAAUAAAUUGCUAAGACAUCAGUGCUUAUAUUGCCUUUGAACACAAAGGUAGUGACAGUGCUUCCUUCACAAAAUGUCCUUGUGGGUGUUGAGGAUUGCGAGUUAUCAUGUACGUGAUUGUUGCCGUUGAUGGUACUUGAGUACUUACAAGUCAUUAGGGGUGAGAGAUAUGACAAAAAUAUCAUAUCACGGUUCCCAUAGAUUCGCUUUUCUACGAUACACGAUAUGCUUGUGCGAGAUUGAUUGAUUUUUUUCCCCCUGUUUGAGAUUUUACAGUUUCAAAAUAAACAGUGUAAUUAUUAAGAACUAAAAACAAAAAAAAAACCAACAAAAAACAGGAAAUCAAGCAUUUCCACCAUUUCAGGUUGAAGAAGAGAAGGAGAGGUGUAAUAAUAAUAAUAAGAAUAAUAUUAUCAGCCAUGUGGUCGGGAACUGCAUGCUGGCAGCUCCAGUCAUGAAAACUCAACUGGUGGAUUUUUAAGUGAUUCUAUAGUAAACAAAACAAAAAAAACAUCAACAACAAAAACAACAUAUUAGCACAUUUUGUCUAUAUGGCUUGACGGUUAAUACUCUGGGCUACUGAUCAGAAGUUUGGGGGUUCAAGCCCCAACACUGCCAAGCUGCCUCUGUGGGACCUUUAACCGUAUCCGCUCCAGGGGCGCCGUAUCAUGGCUCUAACUUCCUGACUUCCUCAUGACCUAGGAUAUGCAUAUUUAAUAAUUCAUUUUCAUCACUAUUAAUUGUAUAGUUUUCUAUUCGACACUUCAUCAUUACAUUGUAGGCGUAUUUAUUCUUUUACGGUCAAAACCGAAAGUGCCGCAGUGUCGGUUAAUACCAGGAAACUCCCGUGCAGCUCAUUUCAGAGUUAUAUCUUGGCUGGCUCAUUUUAUUGAGGAGAAAAAGUCUGCUCUUUUAGCAUAUUUUUGAGUGAUAAGUAAUACUCGUGUACUCGUGUUAAUUUGUGGAGCUCCUGUGCCAAAUGCUUAAUGCUUCUCAGGUCUGGAAAUGCAGUAUAACUGGAGUAAGCUUCACUGGAUAUAGUGGCAGUAUAAUUGUGUUAUAGUACACAAUAUGUAUGAUGAUGUAUAGGUUUGCUACGAAACGUGCAGCACUGUAGUGUUGCCUCACAAACAUCCGAGACACGCGUCUCUUUAUUUACUGUAUACAAAAUAAAAGAUUUAUUCAAUCGAUAAUUAGAAAUCAGUAUUUAAUUCAUAUUUGGUAAUAUGUAUUUAUUAAAACAUCGGUCAAAUUUUUUACAUUUUAUAAUUUUCAGCGAAGAUUCAAAACAGUAUAUAAAAUGAACAUGUAAUAAGAGAUUGUAGGUUAUUUAAAAAAAAAUAAAAAAUAUA